AUGUCAGGGGAGAUACAGAACGAGCUGGACAUUGCCGAAUCAAUUGAAGACUCGGAAAGUGAGUGCAAAGCAAUACCGGAGGAGCGUUCAUCAUGUGAGGAUCCUCGUGAAGUGCUGGCUCAAAGCACACCGGGAAUUACGUCCUUGCUCAAGUCUGCGCCCGCUCUUCGAGACCUACAUUUAUCUUUCCGCACGACCCAAGCAAAAGGCGAGUUGGAUAACUACGAGCGGAUCAUUGAAAGUCUCGCCUAUGAAACCCACUUCCCGGCACUGGAAACAUGUGCACUUUCUGGGUUUAUGGCGAAAGGGGAGCCGAUUGUCCUCUUUCUUCAGAAGCAUCCUGGCCUUCGCUCUUUCACGUUACAUCAGUACACUUUGACCACCGGGUCGUGGACACCGAUAUUUUCUCGAAUAGAGCAAUUACCAAGGCUGGAGAAUCUCAGCCUCUCAAACUUGUAUGGAAAAUACAACCCGGAUUUAAACCAUGCAGGCAAAGCUGCAGGUCUCAAUUUGAAAAAAGAAGCACAGGAGGAAGAGGGGAUUGAGCGAAAGACGAUGAGAUAG